AGCUGAAGAACCAAUGGCAAAUCUUUCUACUGGGUAAUCCAAGAUCAGUUACUACAAAUCUACUAAGUGGGUUUUUUGCUCAAUAAUGAGCGUUCCCAGUAUUGAAUAUUAUUAAGAUGAACAUGGAUUGACGUGUUGUACAUUUUUAAAUAAGUUUCUUAAAAUUUAGUUCUAAAGUAAUGUUUGUAAAGUAUAAGGAAGAUGGAUAAAUAUCUUGUGUGGUGUAUUUUUGGAGUUUUAAUGUGUAACACUGCACAUUGUAGCAAUGUUACCAUUACAUCAAGAACUGUUACAUCCUACUUGGAACAGUACAAAUCAUAUAAAGAUAUAAUUAUGAUUCAUUUAAAAAUUCCUCAAGAUACCUUAUUUGCAUCAUUUAAGUUUUUGGCUGAGGAAACUAGGAUGUCAAUUUUUCCAUGCAAGACAAGGAAUGUUUCCUUAUAUUUAAAACAUGGAUCUCCUCCAGUUAUAAAUCCCGACGGUUCCCCUCUCCCAAAAACCUUCAAGAAUAUAACAAGAUGUGCUAUGUACAGCACUGAAAUACAAACAAAUAAAAAGGAACAAUUUAUAAAUAUGACAUCACCAGAUCCCGGUUCAUAUUUUGUGGUGGCAUUUUUGGCCUAUCAAGAUCCUAAGUAUAAUGCCAUUAGUCAACAAGGCCUACGCGCUGAUUGUUACUCAAAUGUCGAAGCUUCUCUUUUCGUCAGCAAGGUUGACAACCCUUUGAUCAUUGUAGAUGAUAAUUUGUACCAGUUAAUCGGUCAUCCAAACGAAAGCAGGUAUUUCAAAUUUUUCGUUACAAACUUGAAUGACCAGGCUGUAUUACGGAUCAACAAUAUAAUAUUCCCAGACACUGCUGAUAGAUUGUUGGUAAGAAUAGAGGCAAAUAAACCUCCUUCGGCGGAGGUUCAUCAUAAACAAGAAUUUGUAUAUUCUACGAACAAUUCCGGAACAAUAUUCUUUUCUACCAGUCCUGAUUCGUGGCACUAUAUCGAAUACAAAUUUGAAGGAGAGAAUGAAGAUAUUUCUAUGGGAAAUUUCACUUUUCAACUUAAAUAUAUCUCUAAUGAAUUACCAGAAGAUUCCACAUACUUUGAUGUGCUACAAAACGAAACAUACUUCAAUAAUUCAUUUUCAAAAACUUUUCACAAUUAUAAGAUAACAGAUUUGGUUCCUUACAAACAUUACGAAUUGAUCAGAGAAGCUACAUCUGAAACAUUCCUAUUUUCUUUUGAGUUGGAACAAGAGAUAGAGUCAAAGCUAGCAGUCCCGAUCAAUAUGACUAGCUCUCAUUUUUCACUUAUGAAAUUUAGAAUUCGAGAAGGUACAGACGUGGGAGGAACUUUACAGUUUAUUUUAGCUUUUAAGCCUAGAGUUUUAAAAAAACAAUACCUAGCGUUUACAAGCGAACCAGAAAAUCAUGUGAUAGUAGCUUGUAUACGAAGAGGAGCCAUCGAAGUUCCUACUUGGCCAAAUAAAUGUAGUUAUAACGGUAUAGAAAAUCAGUCCCAAUUAAUUUUGAAUAAGACAACGGAGAACUCCACUAUUUUGGUACCAUACCCUGAAAGUGGAGUUUGGUACGCAACAUUUAAACUAUUUUGCGGUGAAUGUAUACCUUGUCAUUGUCCAGCACCGUGCCAAGAACGGUAUGAACAAUGUGUUAUAGAUUGUGAGCUCUCUUGUGAUGGAUCCGGAGAAUGUCAGCAGUGUACUACAAAUUGCAGUGAAAAUGUCAUACAGGAUACAGAAUGUGCUGGUUGCGAUUGUGAUGGACCAUGUUUAAAGAGCAACGUAACUUGUAAUACUAGCCUUAUAUUCGACAUUGGAUCUCAUCCUUGCAUUUUUGGCCAGUGCUCUAGAAACGGAAGAUGUAUGUUUGUAGUUUCUGAUGGAGUGGUAUUUUCGACUUGUGCCUGUAUGAAUAAGUAUAGAGGUUGGGAUUGUUCUGACAAUUCUCAAGCGACUCCCUACUAUAUGGUAGUAAUUGAACUUUUACUAUUAGUAUUGAGCAAUUUAAUCUUUCUACCAGCAGUUUAUAUAGCCUAUAGAAGGAAAUACUACAUCGAAGCACUCACCUAUUUCUUUAUCUGUUUCUUUUCUACGUUCUACCACGCCUGUGAUGCGGGAGAGAAUUUGAUCAACUUCUGCCUGGUUCGUCUCUCAGCUCUACAGUUCGGAGAUUUCUUCUGCGCCAUCUUAGCCAUAUGGGUAACACUCAUCGCUAUAGCAGACCUACCGCAGUUACUCACCUCUGUGUGCCAUAUGGUGGGAGCUAUAGUACUAGCGUUUUGUACUACCAUUAACAAGACUUCUUUAUGGGUUUUCGGUUUACCCGUUAUUACAGGUUUGUUGAUAGUAGUUGUCAGUUGGAUCUUGAAGUACCGCAAAGUAAAACAGAGAUUUGCCAAUAGAAAUUACUUGUAUUAUAAGAUACCGAUCGGUGUAACCGUUGUCACAGUAGGCUUAGUUUGUUACGCUUUUUUACAGACGGAGGAUAACUACAAGUAUCUCCAUAGUUUGUGGCACGUCUUGAUGGCUGUGGCUUUAAUAAUAAUAUUACCCAAACCGAAUACAUUCCUGCCUGAAGUGAUUCUUUAA